AUGUCGGGAGCACAGGGGCAGAGUGCAAUCCAGGGUGCAGAAAUGACUGAACUGAGGGUCAAGAUGGCUUUGUCUGCUGCAGCCGUCAAUGCCGCUGCGGCGCAGCGCGACUACAAGGCUGUCUACCCUCGCAUCGACUACCGGACCAUCACGGGUGUCGAGGGACCUCUGGUGAUUAUGGAGAAUGUCAAGUUUCCAACCUACGGUGAGAUCGUGAACGUGAACCUCUCAGAUGGUAGUGUCCGUCAAGGGCAGAUUUUGGAGGUGAACAAAAAGAAGGCGAUUGUGCAGGUCUUUGAGGGGACCAGCAACAUCGACAAUAGGGAUUGCCACAUCGAGUUCACGGGAGACACCUUGAAAAUGCCCAUCUCUGAUGACCUCAUGGGCUGGGGCACACGAGAGAGAGCCGCGAGAGCCGAGAGCCUGCGGUCGAGCCGUGCCUUCAACGGAUCAGGGAAGCCCAUUGACAAGGGGCCCACGGUGCUGGCCGAGGAGUUCCUGGACAUCGGCGGAGCUCCGCUGAACCCGAAGUCCCGGGUCUAUCCCAAGGAGAUGAUCCAGACCGGGAUUAGUGCCAUUGACACCAUGAACUCCGUGGUGCGCGGGCAGAAGCUGCCGUUGUUCUCGGCAGCUGGCCUGCCCCACAAUGAGAUUGCCGCACAGGUCUGUCGGCAAGCAUCCCUGGUGAAGGGCAAGGAUGUGCAGGACCACAGCCAAGAAAACUUUAGCAUCGUCUUCGGCGCCAUGGGUGUGAACAUGGAGACGGCGCGCUUCUUCCGGAACGACUUCGAAGAGAACGGUUCCAUGGAGAAUGUGGUGCUCUUCAUGAACUUGGCAAAUGACCCCACCAUUGAGCGUAUUGUCACCCCGCGCUUGGCAUUGACCACGGCGGAAUACUUCGCGUACACGCGAGAGCAGCACGUCUUUGUGAUUCUGACUGACAUGAGUUCCUAUGCAGAUGCCUUGCGAGAGGACUUGUCCACGAUCUACGAACGCGCGGGCCGAGUCGAGGGUCGAAAUGGCUCCAUCACACAGUUUCCCAUCCUUACGAUGCCCAAUGACGACAUUACACAUCCGAUCCCAGACCUCACUGGCUACAUCACUGAGGGUCAGGUCUUCGUGGACCGAGCCUUGCACAAUCGACAGAUCUACCCGCCGAUCAAUGUGCUUCCAUCCUUGAGCCGAUUGAUGAAGUCGGGCAUCGGCAAAGGGAUGACGCGAGAUGACCAUCCCAACGUCUCAGACCAGCUCUAUGCCAACUAUGCCAUUGGCCAGGACACCCGCGCCAUGAAAGCCGUUGUGGGCGAAGAGGCCUUAAACGAGGACGAGCAUAAGUUCCUGGAGUUCACAGAUAAGUUUGAGCUGAAGUUCUUGACCCAGGGCGCUUAUGAGAACCGUGAUGUCUUUACUUCCUUGGACAUCGCGUGGACCUUGCUCCGGAUCUUCCCGCAGGAGUUAUUGAAGAAGAUUCCGCAGAAGCUGAAGGCAAGCUAUAGCGAACUACAGCAAGCUAUAGGAGAUCGGAACGCCUGGAUCGUGUUCCAUCAUAUUGAGCUUCGGAUGAUUGUUUGUGGAGGGGUCAAAAGGAUCCAAAAAGAUCCAGGCAUUCCACAUCCGAUGUCCAUCCACAUCCGUGGAAACCCCAUUGAAAACAACGGUGCCGGUGCACCGGCCACACGCGAGACACCGAGCCACCACGUGGUGAUCAUCAACGACCCCAGGCGGCAGAACUUGGAUCAUGAGUUGCAGGAGGAACUGCAGAAGUUCCCAGACUACUGGGUCACGCGUGAAAGUCCACAACCGUUCCACAAUAUCGUGGAGUGCGGCACGGAAGAAGUGAGCCAUGUGCAGGAGAUUCUGAACCGAACGAUCUUCUGUCCUGGCGAGGAGCCAAAAGGCAUGAAGAUCGAGAAGCUCUUUCGUGUGGAGGAUUCCCGGAUGUGGAACUCCUAUGAGAGGAGUGUCGCAUGCCUUUCGGAAGCUCGAGCACAAGAGGACGAGCCUGCUGAUGUCAUUCGGACUCCGCACUCUGGUACACUUCAGGCGAAGCCGCUCACUGUGAGAGUUGCACCCGACAACUUCAUGGGGCGUCUACGGCUGGAAUGCAAUGAGGCGUACUUGUGGCACGGGACGGAUCGCGCCUCUGCGGAGAACAUCAUUGGACACCACUUCGACAUGAAGCGCGCUGGGACCGUCAAUGCCAAAGCUCUUGGCCGAGGCGCCUAUUUCGCUGAAACGUCAUGCCUCGCGGACAAGUACGCGCCCCCAGGGCCUGAUGGUCUUCAUGCCAUUCUCUUAGUUCGUGCUGCCCUUGGGCGAGUCUACGUCGAGACGAGGUACACCAAGUGGCGGGGAGGACGGCUGAAGCGCAUGGUUUCAGCCAAGCAUGUGGUCCGAGAAGGCAAGUAUGACAGUGUCCUAGGGGACCGGAAGUAUGCCUUCAACCGGGAAGCCCGUGAAUACUGUGUCUCCAACACUGGCCAGCUGUAUCCAGAGUACAUGUUGCUCUACAGUAGAUCUGAUGAUCCACCAGUCGAUCUGCCUGGGCAGAUGCUGAAGGAAUGCAGCCAGCGUUGA